GUCCGGGCGCGGGUGUCUGGGUGCCCGCUCCUAGCGGGGAAGAGCGUGCGCGCCUCCCCUGCCCUCCCUCCCGCACCCGGCCCCUCGCGGGGGCUCCGGCUCUCCUUGCCCCCCGCCUGCCUGCUGCCUCCCGGGCGCCGCGUGCCCCAACCCCAACCACCUGUGCACCCGGGACACCCAGCUCCUCCCGCUCCUCCCGCUCCUCCGCGCCCCGGGGGCAGGGCCGCGCCGCCGAGGGGGCCGCCGCCGCCGCCGCCCGCCGCCCCCGCCCUCCGGCCGCCGCCGCCGCCUCGGGAAGGGUGUUUGGAGGGCAGCGGCCGCCCCGCGCCGGAGCCCCGCAGCGCCGCUUAUGAUCAGCUCGGUGUGCGUGUCCUCCUACCGCGGGCGCAAGUCGGGGAACAAGCCUCCGUCCAAAACAUGUCUGAAGGAGGAGAUGGCCAAGGGCGAGGCGUCGGAGAAGAUCGUCAUCAACGUGGGCGGCACGCGACAUGAGACCUACCGCAGCACCCUGCGCACCCUGCCCGGCACCCGCCUGGCCUGGCUGGCCGACCCGGACGGCGGCGGGGCCCGGCCCGAGCCCGAUGGCGGCGGCGGCGCGGGCAGCAGCGGCGGCAGCAGCGGCGGCGGCGGCGGCGGCGGGGGCGGCGGCGGGGGCUGCGAGUUCUUCUUCGACCGGCACCCGGGCGUCUUCGCCUACGUGCUCAACUACUACCGCACCGGCAAGCUGCACUGCCCCGCCGACGUGUGCGGGCCGCUGUUCGAGGAGGAGCUCACCUUCUGGGGCAUCGACGAGACGGACGUGGAGCCCUGCUGCUGGAUGACCUACCGGCAGCACCGCGACGCCGAGGAGGCGCUGGACAUCUUCGAGAACCCGGACGGCGGCGGCGGCGCGGGGCCCGGGGACGAGGCCGGCGACGACGAGCGGGAGCUGGCCCUGCAGCGCCUGGGGCCCCACGAGGGCGGCGGCGCGGGCUCCGGCGCCGGGUCCGGGCCCGGGGGCUGCCGCGGCUGGCAGCCCCGCAUGUGGGCGCUCUUCGAGGACCCCUACUCCUCCAGGGCGGCCAGGGCGGUGGCCUUCGCCUCCCUCUUCUUCAUCCUGGUCUCCAUCACCACCUUCUGCCUGGAGACCCACGAGGCCUUCAACAUCGACCGCAACGUGACGGAGAUCCUCCGUGUGGGGAACACCACGCACGUGCGCGUCCGGCGGGAGGUGGAGACGGAGCCGGUGCUGACCUACAUCGAGGGCGUGUGCGUGCUGUGGUUCACGCUGGAGUUCCUGGUGCGCAUCGUGUGCUGCCCGGACACGCUGGGCUUCGUCAAGAACCUGCUGAACAUCAUCGACUGCGUGGCCAUCCUGCCCUUCUACCUGGAGGUGGGGCUGAGCGGCCUGUCGUCCAAGGCGGCCCGCGACGUGCUGGGCUUCCUGCGGGUGGUGCGCUUCGUGCGCAUCCUGCGCAUCUUCAAGCUCACGCGCCACUUCGUGGGGCUGCGGGUGCUGGGCCACACGCUGCGCGCCAGCACCAACGAGUUCCUGCUGCUCAUCAUCUUCCUGGCGCUGGGCGUGCUCAUCUUCGCCACCAUGAUCUACUACGCCGAGCGCAUCGGCGCCCGGCCCUCCGACCCGCGCGGCAACGACCACACCGACUUCAAGAACAUCCCCAUCGGCUUCUGGUGGGCCGUGGUCACCAUGACGACGCUGGGCUACGGGGACAUGUACCCCAAGACGUGGUCGGGCAUGCUGGUGGGGGCGCUGUGCGCGCUGGCCGGCGUGCUCACCAUCGCCAUGCCCGUGCCCGUCAUCGUCAACAACUUCGGCAUGUACUACUCGCUGGCCAUGGCCAAGCAGAAGCUGCCCAAGCGGCGGAAGAAGCAUGUGCCACGGCCGCCCCAGCUCGAGUCGCCGGGCUACUGCAAGUCCGGGGACACCUCGCCCCGGGGCAGCACCUACAGCGACGCCAGCCCCGCGGCCCCGGAGGAGGGGCUGGCCGAGAGGAAGCGGGCAGACUCCAAGCAGAACGGAGAUGCCAACGCCAUGCUGUCGGACGAGGAGGGCGCGGGCCUCACCCAGCCCCUGGCCGCCGCCCCCAGCCCCGAGGAGCGCCGGGGCCUGCACCGGGCCGGCACCCGGGACCGGAACAAGAAGGCGGCCGCCUGCUUCCUGCUCAGCGCCGGGGACUACGCCUGCGCCGACGGCAGUGUCCGGAAAGAGACCUGCCAGGACGCCCUCUCGUCCAACUAUGCCCAGGCCGAAGUCCUCACCCUCUCUUAAAGCGGCAGCAGCGUGAGAGGGACAGGCAGACAGACAGCCAGCCAGAGGCUUAGGGGGACUCUGGAACCCAGGCAAGCACCUCUCGCCGGGCAAGACGUGCUGGCACGGGACUGACGGAGCGCCUCUCGCCCGCGUGAGCCUCGGGGCCCGGAGCCGCCGGGCCCGGCCGGCGUCCUGUUGUGACCGAAGGGCUGUCUAUGCACACAUAGUCUCCAUAGUCAUACAUGCUGUUCUCGUGUGUGUAGUGCACGUGCUGUUGGUGGUCUGUCUUCGUCAGGCUGUCUCCCCGAGCCCUGCCCCUCCCCCAGGCCCCCCCUCCCUUCCUCCCCGGACCCCGUGUUCGUGUUGUGCGUGGAAUGUCCCGGGGAGCGUGAGCCUGGGAAGCGCCCGCCCCGCCCUGUAGGGGCGUCCCCGUGGGCCCGGGGCCUGUGCAAGGACAGGUUCCCUCCGGGGUCACUGCCCCAUGAGCCCCACCCCACCCCAGAUUGGGGUUCUACCUCCCGCCCCACGCCCCCGUCGUGGGGGGACUUCCAGGGGCUUCUCUACAGCUUCCUUCACCCCUUUCCCCCGUUACCUGUGUCCUUGACUGAGGAGGCAUUUGGGGUUUUUUUUUUUUUAUCUUUGGUUUUUCCGUCUCCCUCAUCCGUGUGUUUCCCACGAUGCUGCCGGGCAGACAGGCGGGGAAGGGGCCUGUCUGCCCCCGGGCUCAGGGCUCUGAGCAGGGAAGCCUCGGGCGAGCGGAGACCAGUAGCAAUACUGUACUUCCUGGCCGCGGCCAGAGGAUGCGUGCAAUAGCGGAGGCCGGGGGACCCCUCCCACCUUGGCCUCUGCCCCUCCCUCGGCGCCCCCUCCCCACGCCCACUCCCCCGCCCCUGUGUGUCUGAGGCACGCCUAGGCCAGGGCCCUGUCACCCUGUCUGCAUGCCUUCGACUGCCAUGCUGUGCUUGCCCCUCAAUAAAGACAUCCGGAGCUGCCCUGCUCCUGCGUGUGA